AUGACUCUAGUCGGGAUGAUAGCUACUAUGGUGCCACUGAUGGUGGACACACCGAUGGUAGGUGUGAAGGCUGAGUACAUGAUAGCUGCUGUGGUGCCACUGAUGGUGGGUGAUGCAGUGGUACUAAUGGCCCCUCUGAUGGUGGUCCCUGGGAUGCCUCCUCUAAUGGUGGUGCCAGUAAUAGUGGUCGCUGUGAUGGCUGGUCAGAUGGUGGUGGCACUAAUGGCCCCUCCGAUGGUGGUCGAUGUGAUGUCUCCUCUGAUGAUGGCCUUCACAAUGAUAAGAAAGCAAGAAGGGCUUAAAGGGUACUGGAAAGGCAACCUUCCUCAGGUGAUACGUGUCAUACCUUAUAGUGUAGUCCAGCUGUUUGCAUAUGGAACCAACAAGAAACUUCUUAGGGGAAAGGAUGGUGAGCUCUCUGUUAUCGAAAGACUCACUGCUGGUGCUUUUGCUGGCAUGACUUCAACUUUUGUAACAUACCCUUUUGAUGUUUUGAGGUUAAGAUUAGCUGUUGAGCCUAGGUAUAAAACAAUGUCUGAGGUUGCCUUGAACAUGCUAAGAAAGGACAGAGUUGGGUCAUUUUAUACUGGCCUUGGACCUUCUCUUAUUGCAAUAGCACCUUAUAUUGCUGUGAACUUUUGCAUUUUUGACUUGAUGAAGAAGUCUUUGCCAGAGAAGUAUCGAAAAAGGACUGAAACAUCUAUGGUAACAGCUUUGCUGUCAGUUACUCUUUCCACGGUUAUGUGCUUUCCUUUGGAUACAAUGAGAAGGCAAAUGCAAAUGAAGGAUACACCUUACAAGACAGUUUUGGAUGCCUUUUCAGGGAUUUUGGAUCAAAAUAAUCGAGCGCAAAACAAUGGGAGAAGCGGGACAAAAAAAUUUUAUUACUUUUUGAGACAGUAUAUUUAA